AUGCAAUCUCUCCUUCCCAAGAUGAAAGUUCCCAAACUUCCGUCAUUCCUCAAGAGGAAGAACACCUCAACUUCUCAAAGAGCACGCGAACCUUCUACUCCUCUCUUGAUAACGUCUCACUCGCCUUUCAACCAGCCCGAAUCUCGCAUCAACACCACCCAAACGACGAACAAUCGCUUUACUGAAUCACCGAAACGUUCAAGGAGCGAUGAGGGUGCCUCACCCACUUCAACGACCCGUUCCCUGAGGUCCACCUCGACUUCUUCAACUUCGUCCUACCACGAAUUAAGCGAGUCCUUUACCUCUCUCCAUCUCCAUCGUGAGAUACCCAUCGAGGACAAUCCGAACCCUUUCCUUUCGCCUAGACCCAACAUUCUAGAUACGACUCGACAUCCCGUUCGAUCGGAGGGAUGCAACAUAUCACAGAUUGUGAAGGCGCCUUUUGUGGAACCGGCGAUGGAUGGACGGGAUAGGUUGCGGGGGAUGAGGCUCAUGGUUGGUGAGGCCAAGGUGAAGGAAGGGGAGGCGAAGAGGAUGUUGAAGCAGAGCAGGGAAGCGGUUAAAGGGUUGAAAAAGGAUUUGAAGAAGGUUGCUCGGGAGGAGAAAAUCGAGAAGAAGAAACAGAAGAAGGCAGAUAAAACGAAAGCAAAGGGGAAGGGGAAGGGGAUGCCGUAG